GCCAAUUAUUAUUUUGAAUGAAGUAGGCCAACCAGUUGGACCUACUCCUGAGCUUGUUCGUGAAUUUAGCCGCUUCUUGGGUACAAUUGCUAGAGAUGCACAACUUGCUCCUUUAAACUAUGUUACUUGGCAUAAGGUGCCUCAAAAUAAUUUGGACCACAUGUGGGAUUACAUCUUGGAGAAGUACAUGGUUCCAAUAGAAGGACGAAAAUGGGUGAUGUCUACUAUUAAUGAUUUGUGGCGAGUUCACAAAUCAAGGAUGAAGGAUAAACACUAUUAUGCAUAUACAACUGAUGCAAGAAGAUGGAAGAAUCGUCCAAAAACUAUCUCUGAACAACAAUUUAGAGAUCUUUUGAAUUAUUGGGACCUCGAAG